GAAAUACCAAGAGCCAGCCACUGAGAGUGGAGGGAUUUUGUACCCGAUUGACGUGAAAAUUAGCUCCUACAAACUUUGUGUCGGGCCUACAGUCAGAUAUUCAAUGCUAUUACAAAAAAAAAAUAAACUUUCAAAAUUUUUUAUAUUGCCUUUUGCGAUUUCAAGAGGGUUUGAUCGUUAGCAUUAAAAAAAAAAAAUUAACCCGAGUAUAAUUUAUCAGGAAAGAAUGUCUAGCACUUCUUAAGAAGCAUUAGCAAAACCAUAAUAGAAAUUUAAAAGUUCCAGGUUAGCUUAAAAAUGUUGUUGCCAAGAGUUGAGUUUUCUAAUUUUCCAGGGUAGAGCUCUCGAACGCCUGUCCCUCCCCCUCCCAGGCAAAGUAAGGCCCCUCUCUGCAUGGCUCAGGGCCGCCACUGACAAUACCUCCAGCUCGAAGGAGCCGACAUCGCGUGAGCGUGUCCUUGGACCACGAGCGAUAAGAGGCCAUUUGUCUCGAGGGGAGUUUCUUGGCUGCUUGGUAACGUCGUCACAGGCCCCGGCUUGAGGCGUGUUGCUUGAAUAACAGAGGCGCGCCAGGCGUGGCCUUGGGACACCAGGCCGCCGUCCCAGUGGUUCCUCGCGGGUCGGCAGAGCAGGCUGCCACCACAAACUCUGUAAGGUGAAGUGAACAGGUGACGGCACGAUGGCGCUGGUCUUCAACUCGCUGCUGCUCGACGCCUGCUUCGCGGCGCUGUCGCUCCUCGCGGCGCUGUACGUCUACCUGUCGCGCAACUCGGGCUACUGGGAGCGCCGCGGCGUGUGCUGCGCGCGCCCGACGCCGUUCCUCGGGAGCAUCCCCGGCGUCCUGCUGCUGCGGGAGAGCGUCGGCUGCUGGCUGGCGAGGAGGCACCGCGAGACCGCCGGCGAGAGCUUCUUCGGCGCGUACUUCGUGGACCGGCCCGUGCUCGUCGUGCGCGACCUGGAGCUGGUGAAGAGCGUCCUGGUGAGGGACGCCCACGCCUUCCUCGACCGGACCUUCGCGGCCAGCGAGGACCUCGACCCCCUGAUGGCCAAGAACCUGUUCGGCCUGAAGGGGAACAAGUGGCGGCACCUCAGGGCGAAGCUGUCGCCGACCUUCACCUCCGGCAGGAUGAAGAAGAUGUUCUACCUCGUGGACGAGUGCGGCAAGCAGCUGGCCAGCUGCCUGCAACAGAGCGCGUCGUCAGAACUGAAAGAUGAUGACUUCGUGGCACAAGCAUUCGUGUUUCUGGUCGCUGGCUUCGAAGGGUCAUCUUUGACGUUGACCUACGCUCUGUACGAGUUGGCGCUGAACCCAGGCAUCCAGGAGAAACUGAGGAAUGAGAUCACCACAAAACUAUCUACACACGGAGGAAAAUUGUCUUAUCAUGCCAUGACAGGGCUACCAUAUCUCGAAAUGGUCGUUUCAGAGACAUUACGAAAAUAUCCACCAGCGACAUUUUUAGAUCGUGAAUGCUUGUCCGAUUUCAUCAUACCCGGAACUCAAUUGACAAUAGAGACAGGAACGCAAAUAAUGAUUCCAGUUCUGGGUAUCCAUUUCGACCCAGAAAUUUAUUCGGAACCUCAGAAAUUCGACCCUGAGAGAUUCAGCGAUGAAAACAAGAACAAGAUACCGCAAUAUGCGUAUUUGCCUUUCGGUGAAGGACCAAGAUUCUGCAUAGGAAAGCGGUUCGCCCUGAUGCAAGUGAAGACCGCGCUGGCUUAUGUGGUGAGCUCAUUUCAAGUCUGCGCGUGCGCAGAAACACCCUCGCCGCCCCUGCAGUACAAACCCGACGCUCCAACACAUUCUCCCACAGAAGAUAUUGUGCUGGUGUUCAGGAAACUCGAGUGAACAGAAAUGCCUACACUGAAGUUAUUCCUUCAAGUUUGGAUAAAAGCCGUUCAAGAAUAGUUAGGUUGUAAGCCUAUUAAGCGCAAUAAUUGUGUUUAAAGUGUUAUCUUUAAAAGAUUUGUGCAAUGGGAGUGCAUGACUUGAUGUAAGUUUUUGGACAUACGCCAUUGCUAAGAACUUUUUCUGUUGAAGAAAAACUAAUAAAUAAAAUAAAUAAAAUUACACAAGAAAGACAAAAAACACACAAAAUUAAGCAAACAAUUGCUGUUGUCAACAAGAAUAUAAACACCACAAAAUAUUCCGGAACAGAAAUAUGGUCAACAAACAAAGAAAAAACAAAGAAAAAAGUACUAAGUGAACAAAAAACAAACAAAAAAAAAACACACAAAUGAUGACAACACAAAAAUAUUUAAACCAAAAUAAUUCAGCACAACAGUUGAAACGAGACAAAAACACGACAAAACGAAAAGACAAAAAAUAUUUUGUGGUGUUUAUAUUCUUGUUGACAACAGCAAUUGUUUGCUUAAUUUUGUGUUUUUUUUUUUGUCUUUCUUGUGUAAUUUUAUUUAUUUUAUUUAUUAGUUUUUCUUCAACAGAAAAAGUUUUUAGCAAUGGCGUAUGUCCAAAAACUUACAUCAAGUGUGUUUAAAGUGUUAUGAGGCCAUAUUCCAAAAGAAUUAUUGACUAAUUAAGAUGUAUUUCUAUGAUUAUUUACUGUACAAGUGACAAAAAUUUAAAUGAAAGGAUAUUUUCAGAGUAUUUAAAUAAAAAUUUGGUGUGAACUUAA